GGCGUCUGUGGUCUGAAUGUCUUCCCAAGCGCCAUCACCGAGAGUACCACCUUUGGAGCCUCCUAUGACUGUACUACUGGGGCAAACAUCAAUGUGGAAGGUUGGACUGAGAUGCAUCGUGCUUGGUGCUGCAGCCGCCAGAGCGUGGGCUGUUUCUCCUCCAUUUCAGUGCCCUAUGACUGCGAAGAGGGACGCGACCACAUUGAAGCCCGCUGGUCCAGCAAGAAACAGGAGUGGUGUUGCUUCUACGUGGGCAAAGGCUGCUUAGAGCCCAAUGUGGAUCUGGGCGGACAUCCCGACUUUGACCACGUCCACUAUGUGAAUCACAUCGUCCACACAGAC